AUGCCCAAGACUAUCGCCACAGGCCUAGAAAUCCCGCAGCCCCGCCCCCAGCUGCCUUCGCACGUCAUGGACAUGUUCUCCCUGCGCGGCAAAGUCGCGUGCAUCUCCGGCGCGUCGUCCGGGAUCGGCGGCGCGGUCGCAGUCGCAUACGCGCAGGCCGGCGCCGACAUCGCAGUGUGGUACAACUCGCACGACGGGCUCAUCCAGACCGCGCGCGAGCUGGCAGAAAAGUACGGGGUGCGGGCCAAGGCGUACAAGUGCGCCGUCAACGAUGAGGAGCGUGUGCAGGCCACGAUCCAGCAGGUGCUGGCGGACUUUGGCGGACGUAUCGACGUGUUCGUCGCAAAUGCGGGGGUCGCGUGGGAAAAAGGCGCGCUAGUCGAGGCGCAGGAGCAGGGCACGGCGUCGCGCGAGUGGGACCGCGUACUGCAGACGGACUUCCAGGGCGUGUACUACUGCAGCAAGUUCAUCGGGGCCGUUUUCAAGAAGCAGGGCUGCGGGUCGCUGGUGAUCACGGCGUCGAUGUCCGGGCACGUGGUCAACGUGCCGCAGCUGCAGACGUGCUACAACGCGGCCAAGGCCGGGGUGAUCCACAUGGCGCGGUCGCUGGCGGUGGAGUGGGCCGGGUUCGCGCGCGUCAACACGGUGUCGCCCGGGUACAUCUCGACGCCGAUCAGCGAGUUUGCGCUGGACGACGUGAAACAGAAGUGGCUGAUGCUGACGCCGCUGGGGCGCGAGGGCCUGCCGGAGGAGCUGGUGGGCGCGUACCUGUACCUGGGGUCGGACGCGUCGACGUUCACGACGGGGACGGACAUCGUGGUGGACGGCGGGUACAGCAGCAUCUGA